AUGCGCGCCUACCCUCAGAACACAAUCGAUAGUGCAGUACAGAAAACAGCCUGUUUGGUUCGACUUAUUUUUGCGGUCCGACGGGAAAUAUACGCAGAUUGUGGUUUUUGGGAUACUAAGUAGCCAAGGUGUCGGUAGCAAGUAGCGUUCUGCCUGGGGCUAUCACGAUGAAGAUACUGGCUCCGCACGAUGGACCUGACAUCGCUCCCGUCGACUCUGCGGGCGGCUGGCACAGCGCGACAUUCUGGGUCCUGGUAGUGGGUUCCGCUGGCGCCGCCGUCAUCGUGCUAGCCGCGCUGGCCUGCUGGGUCGCGCGCCGCCGCAACUCGCUCGCACACAAGCUGGGAGGCAAGCGCGGUCCAGACAAGGCGCUGGUAUUCCAGCCACCUCGUCGCGCUACAGCGGUACGGUCGCCGGGUUCGGCCACACACUACCUGCGGAAAUCGCCGUCGCCGACCGCGCCUCAACCCGCACCCACCACGCCCGCAGGAUCGCCGCCGCAUCCGCAGCCACCGCAACAGGUGUCAGGAGGCAGCAGCCCGCACACGCCGACGACGGAGGUGGCUCCGCUAAGCAAGGAGCUUGCGGACGCCACCGCCACCGAGAAACCCAAGCCCACGGAGCCAGACACCACGGACGGACGACUGGGGGAUCUGCAUUUCAAGCUGCGGUACGAGAACGAGAAGAGCGCUCUAGUAGUAUCGGUGGUGUCGUGCCAGGGUCUGCCGGGCCGCGAGCCUGCCGGCCCAGACCCCUACGUAAAGCUGCAGCUGCUGCCCGACAAGCAGCACAAGGUUAAGACCAGGGUGGUCCGCAAGACCCGGUGCCCGGUGUACGACGAGGACUUCACGUUCUAUGGCAUCGCGCCGCACCAGCUCGCCGCCAUCACGCUGCACUUCGUCGUGCUCAGCUUUGACAGAUACUCGCGUGAUGAGAUCAUCGGCGAGGUGGUGGCGCCAUUGUCGGCGCUGCAGCUGCACUCCGGCGAGCCCACUGCGCUCUGCCGCGAGAUACAGCCGCGCAGCCUCAAGAUGCGCACGGCCGGUCGCGGGGAGCUGCUGGUGUCGCUGUGCUGGCAGCCGGCAGCAGCGCGGCUGACUGUCGUGCUGCUCAAGGCCAGGAACCUGCCCAAGAUGGACGUCACGGGAUUAGCUGACCCUUACGUGAAGAUGUACCUGCUGUACAACGGGCAGCGCAUAGCCAAGAAGAAGACGCACGUGAAGAAGCGCACCCUCAAUCCGGUGUUUAACGAGUCGUUCGUGUUCGACGUGCCGGCCGCGCCAGCCGCCGCGCUCGACCACGUCGCGCUAGAGCUGCUGGUGCUCGACUGGGACCGUGUUACCAAGAACGAGGUAAUCGGUCGGCUUGAACUCGGCGCGGAGGGUGCAGGCAGUGCCCGUCACCACUGGCGUGAAGUUCAGAACGCGCCGCGUCGCCAGAUCGCCGACUGGCACAAGCUGCGCGAAUAAACACACAUAGACAAAAAGGCAACCAUACGGACAGACAUACCUGUAGAUACACACACAACACAACAGACAUACUGAUACCUACAUAGAUUCCAACACGCGAACACACAUAGACAUUAACCCAGAACAAGAGCAAUACUCUCCGAAUACCUCAAUUCCCAAUUCCCUUAGAAGUAAAUCGAAAUUUAUGUUAAUGUAGGAAUAUGAACAGGAUAAAAGUUUUUUAUAUAAUGACAUUCCAUGACGUUGCAUAUUCACAGUGCAUUACAUAAGUCACAUGCGACGCUUCAUAAUGAAUCUUUUCAAACACUAAAUACUUAUCGACAUUUUACAGGACAAAAUAUUACAUACUUUAUGCAUUUUUGUUCAAAAAAUAUUGAAUGUAAAAUGUUUAAAAUGAUAAAUAACUAAUAAAAUAAAAAAUGAUUAUAAAAUAAUACUGGGAUAACAAGCCAAAGUACAGAAGCAGGCGAAUUUGAUUUAGCUUUAAUUGGUAAAAAAUAGAUUUAGUAAAACUAAUUAAAUUUUAUUUGUAGUUGUAAAUUAUGGUUACAAAAAUAUAUUUUCAAUUUCCCUUGAGAUAUUGGAGAUAUAAUCAAUUUUAAAUAUUUGAUGUUCUACAUUAAUAAUAUAAUUAAUGUAUGUAAUAUAAACAAAAUGUGAAAAAAAAAAACGCCGCACCGGGUCUAGCAGACACAUAGCGAUUAACGAGGUGCAGUAAUAUUUUUGCGCGGCAAUCAAGGGGUUAGGUACGAUUUUUUUUUCUGAAAAAUCCUGUGACAUUUUAAUUUAUUAUCCACAAAUGUUGUUUACCACAGUUUGAAGAAUUAUUUCUCUCGAGUCUCGAUCAAUGAACAUUUUACCUAAUAAGGUAAAGGUGCUGAUUGAUCGAGAGAAUUCAUUCUGAGAAAGCAGAAAUGUCUUGUAAAUGUAGUAAUCAAGAUUUUAGUUGAUUUUAUGACAGAACUACUCAUAACAUCGUUGCUGUAUAUUGCUUUUAUAUUGUGUUAUUUCAAACGCACAUUCCAAAGCCCGUUAGUCUUGUCUCAAAGUUAGAUUUUGUAGGUAAUGUAGAGAAACACCUAAAAUGCAUUGGCAAUACUUUUCGUUACAAAACCAGAUACGGUAGUAUUUUUACUUUGUCUUGUAUAGUAACGAAAAGCUUGAGAUAAUAGUACAAAAUAUUAAUUUUUUUUUUUAAAUAUAGGUUUGCAGUCCAGUGCAAUUGAAGCUUUAAAUAUUUUACAGCAUUCGUCUUUUCCUUGACAAUAUUUAGCUAACUAAAUAAUUUAUAUAUUUUGCAUAAUUUACAAACGGAAAGUAUUGUCCAACAUAAUAUAAAAUAUUACCCCAUGGGUUAUGAGUGCUCGAAAUAAAAAUAAAAAGUUAUUUUUCGUAAAUAACAAAUAUAGAGCAUCUGGGCGCCUGGUCAAUACAAUAAAUACGGUACUCGUAUUACUGGUAAUUUAGGCAGUCAGUGUUUCGUCAAAAUUCUUUAACAGAUCCUACACAUAUCUAAUUGUAAGACAAUUCAACUACCUACUACAUAAGUUAUUAUUCGUAUAUUACAAUAAGCGAGUACACUACGUAACGAGCGAAAUCAUAAGCACGUCGAUGUUUAUUAAUUGAAUGUAAAACAUUUCGGAUUGUAAAAAGAAAAUUAUAUUCGUAGAUAGUAGAAAAAUUUAAAUCAUUACUUAUCAAUUAUCAUACUGUGUAUUUUUGUCAGUCAAAUUUUAUGCUAAAGAAGUUAUUUUGCGAAGUAGAUCUCUUAAAUCAUCGAUAAUCAUUUAAACUUAGGAUUUUUAUCGGUAACUUAUAUUUCAGAAUUCAUAGCGGCUCGAUCGCGAAUUCUGAGCGAUACUCACAAUAUUAGUUUCAUAACGUAUGUUAGGUUAGAGAAAAGUCUAUUUUAUACUAGUAGUGUUAUAAGAGUAACUAUGUAUUGAAUAUAUAACGGCUCGUCGACGAAGCUUUGCAGUCACACGUACCUUAUAUACCUUAUGUACUGUCACAGCCCUAUGUCUUACACCCCGAGUAUAUAGUCUGUGAUUGAACCACUUAGCAGCUAUUUCGUAUAUGUGUAUUUAUUUAACCGACGCACCACCGGCUCGUGCUUAUUAUUUUAGUAACUCAAUGUGAAAUUCGUAAAUGUGCAUUUAAUGUGUAGCGAUUUUCUUGUAUAUUCGAUGUAUCCAUACUUCAGACAUUCCAAAAUCUAUUUGUAAAUAUCAUCGAAAUAACGAAUAUUAGGUACAUUUUAGUCGAUAUUACUAAAAUUAAUUGUAUUAAUUUUAAGAUACGAUUUCUCUUCAGUUGUUAACUACAUUUUAUAAUUUGUUAAUGUUAACGCGUAGUAGAUUCGCUAAUAAUAAAAUGUGGACUAUGUGUUUGUGAAUCCUGCACAUACGUAGGAGGCAAGUUGCAUUUUACUGUGACAGCAAAUGAUUUACAAACUUAAAAGUUACGAACAUUUUUUUCGUAUUUUUUAUCGCUUAGUCUCCUGCUAUAGUUUAGCAAACGUUGUACGACCGCCCUAAGUGUUACCGCAUUCGAAUUUCUCAUGAUUUUAUUUUAGUUUUCGAAUAAUAAUUUGAAUUGUAUAUAAUAUUGAUUUAAAUCGUUUAAUAAUUUUGUCUUAUGCGGUACGACUUAAGGGGGAUUGGAUAAACAGCCCGGCACGACACAUCACCAAUAUCAAGUUUGUAUACUAAGUUUAGUAAAUAAAUUGACUGGUGCUUUCACAGUAA